UUUACUGUUUGCAGUCGUGUGGCAAAAACUGGCAACACCACUCACGCGCAGAGCCCUUUCGCUCUCGCGCAUUUCCUCGCGCGCUCACCAUGCCCGCUUCCCCCUCCUUGUGAGAAAUUGACACAGCAGCUGGUUCGCCUGUGUGAGCAAACCCCGAAGGACAGACACGGCAGAAAAUAAAACUCUGCCGUUACAGUGGGCUCCCCCUCCCCCUUCCCCUCACCGUUUGAGUGUACAUAUCAAAAUACCGACGUUAGACGAGCGCUGUGACUCGGUUUCCCCGCUUUUAAAGCGGAGCGGUCGGGACUCUUCUUCUUCGCCAACUGAAACGCCAGUACCUUAGCCGAGCUAGCGGGCUAACGCGACUAGCUGGGUUCAGCUACACAGAGGAGUUACGAUUAUUCCACCGAGAGACACUGAAGGAUGUCGGAGAAGGAGCAGAAUAAACAGUCCACCACUGAACGGCUCGUCAAAGCUGUGCCGUACCCUCCCACAACACGGCUUACCAUGAAAGAGCUGUAUGAGGAUGGCAAGCCCAAAGUCGAGCUCCUUAAGAGCCACUUGGUGAAGGAAGGCCGUCUAGAGGAGGACGUGGCCCUACGCAUCAUCAAUGAUGGCGCCAACAUCCUCCGCAAUGAGAAGUGCAUGCUUGAGGUGGAGGCCCCUAUCACAGUGUGUGGAGAUGUUCAUGGGCAGUUCUUCGACCUGAUGAAGCUCUUUGAGGUGGGAGGUUCCCCACACAACACACGCUAUCUAUUUUUGGGAGACUACGUGGAUCGAGGCUAUUUUAGUAUUGAGUGUGUGCUCUACCUGUGGACCUUGAAGAUCAACCACCCGACCACCCUCUUUCUCCUCAGAGGCAACCAUGAGUGUCGGCAUCUCACAGAGUACUUCACCUUUAAACAAGAAUGCAAGAUUAAGUACUCGGAGGGUGUGUAUGAUGCCUGCAUGGAGGCAUUUGACUGCCUUCCUCUGGCAGCUCUGCUCAACCAGCAGUUCCUGUGCGUACAUGGAGGCCUUUCCCCCGAGAUCACCUGCCUCGAUGACAUUCGGAAAUUAGACAGGUUUAAAGAACCUCCGGCUUUCGGGCCGAUGUGUGAUCUUUUGUGGUCUGACCCCGGGGAGGACUACGGCAGCGAAAAGAGCUCAGAGCACUUUUGUCACAACAGUGUGCGAGGAUGUUCCUAUUUCUACAGUUACCCUGCAGUAUGUGACUUUCUGACAAAUAAUAACUUGUUGUCAGUUAUAAGAGCGCAUGAAGCCCAGGAUGCAGGGUAUCGAAUGUACAGAAAAAGUCAGACAACAGGCUUCCCCUCAUUAAUCACAAUAUUCUCUGCACCAAACUACUUAGAUGUAUAUAACAAUAAAGCUGCUGUGUUGAAAUAUGAAAACAACGUCAUGAACAUCCGGCAGUUUAACUGCUCUCCUCACCCGUACUGGCUGCCCAACUUCAUGGAUGUGUUCACGUGGUCACUGCCCUUCGUCGGGGAAAAAGUAACCGAGAUGCUGGUCAAUGUGUUAAACAUCUGCUCCGAUGAUGAACUCAUGUCAGAGGGUGAUGACACCUGUGAAGGUGGUACCCCGGCAGUCCGCAAGGAGGUGAUCCGAAAUAAGAUUCGUGCCAUUGGCAAGAUGGCCAGAGUUUUCUCUGUUCUUAGAGAGGAGAAUGAGAGUGUGUUGCAGUUAAAGGGCUUGACCCCGACUGGAACAUUGCCUCUGGGUGUGCUGUCAGGAGGCAGACAGACCAUACAGAGUGCCACCGUAGAAGCAGAGGAAGCACGAGCCAUUCAAGGCUUCAAUCCUCAACACAAGAUCCAGAGUUUCGAAGAAGCACGUGGUCUGGACCGAAUAAACGAGAGAAUGCCUCCACGAAAGGACAGCAUGCAGCCGGACGGCACUGCCAACUCUAUCAACUCAGCCAACUCCCCCGAUAAGAACGGCACCAACAGCCAGGCGUAGUAUCCUGCAGCAGCUGCCUACCACUCUCUUUCCCUCAUCCAUUUGUUUCUCUCUCUUUUUUUGUGUCUCUUUUCCUUCCCAUUCUCCCUCUUUCUGGUAGAGGUGAUACCCCCUAAAUGCAAAACUCUCCUGGACCAGAUUGGGGGAGAAUCUCACCAUGAAGAGGGCGUAGUGAAAAACAAUCUAUGGUUCUUAUUUAUUUAUUGAUAUAGAUGAUAAGAAAUGUAAGAUCUGUAACGGUGGAAAAAAUCGAGAUGAUUGAAUAAAUACACGAUGAAUAUUACAGGUGUAUAUAAAAUACAGAAUAUAUAUAUAUAUAUAUAUAUAUAUAUAUAUAUAUAUAUAUAUAUAUAUAUAUAUAUAUAUAUAUAUAUAAAAUGUAAUACAUACACAUAGCAUUGGGGUGGUGUAAGUUCAUCUUGGAUUCAGUAGUUUAAAAAAGGAAAAAGAGAGAAUCCAUUUUGUAAAUUUCCAUUAAUAAUUUAGAUUUAUUUCUGACUUUUUUAAACAACCAAGACUUGCUCAGCAGAAUUUCUUUAAUGUUGUUUAUCGUGCGCUUGGCAUGGGAAUUUUGUGCCCAACAUAAUUAUAUCAAGUGCUUAUUUGUGAAUACUCGAAGCUAGUAUGAUGAUAUCUUUGAAGCAAAAAAAAAAAAAAAAAGUCUCAUGACAUAAAACAAAACAUGUUUUUGUUAAUGAAAAAGAAUGUGGGGAAAAACUUCAUAAUGCCAAUUAUAGAUAAGGGGAGUGCAUUAAUAACUCAAGUGUUGACACAUUUGUAUGUACAUUUGCAUUUUCGAGUGUUCCCUCAACCAAAUGUAAUGUUUACUUUGUUUCAUUUGUUUUGUUCCUUUAUGUAACUCAAACUACAAAAGGUGAAAGCGUGAAAGCCACCCCAAAAAGACCUUGAGAUGGUUUGAGGAGUGAUCAUGUUUGCUUGUGUGUUUUUAUUUUCUCGUUUUUGUUCAUUUGGGUUCUCCAUUCUGUAUGAUACUGUUAUUGUUGGCAACUUGCGAUUCGGCUGUGCAAAGACUCCGACUUCCUGUACGUUAUACAUUUGAGGUUAUGUGCCAUGCUAAUAACUAUAGCAAGCGUUCUGUGUGCAUACAUUGAGAUUGCACACAUUAUGACAUCUAUUUUCCAUUUUAUUUAAUACCGCAAGCAAUCCAGGUUCCAUACGUCCAAUACUUCAUUGUUUUGUGGUGCACACCUUUAAACAAGGAGACUCUGCAAGGUUAAACCUGCAUGUUAUCGAUACUGUAUUUAAAAGGAACUCUCUCAUCCAAAGAAAAAUCAGUGUUUUAAUGUAAUAUAUGACUGUAUUAUUAACAGAAAAAAAAACUGCUGAUUGUAUAAGGUUGAUACCUCUCCAUUUGCUUGAGAAGAGGCAAGCGCUUCAAUCAGCCUUUUAGUGGUGUAGACACUAAAGAAAAAAUCAAAGGAAGGAAAAAGAGCCUUGAAUGCUUUACUCUUUGUGAUCUAAAACACACCUGAGGGAGGCCCACAUCCUUAAACAGGUACCAAAGUACAGAGUAGGUAGUCAUGUCCUAAUAACCUCCUUUUUUGUGUCCACUUCUGAAGUGUUUGUCUUUUCAAGUCUCUGUUUUAUGUAAAGAGCCUCUGCAGACUUAAGUUUGGUUUUGUUUGUUUUCCUCCAUGUUUAAUUUAAAAAGGGAUAUCUGCUAUGGUUUGAGAGAGUCAUGUGUUUUGGGUGGGGGUGGUGCUUGGGGGGGGGGGGCUAUUGUUCAAAAUAUUGGAGAAGAAUCGGGGGCAUUUAGACCAAUAGUCCCAUUGUACGAGGGCAUCAUUUUUGCCAUCUGUUAAAAAUUCCAAACAUAUCCGUCAGAAUCUACAGAAAAUGUGUAAGGCUUUUUUCUUAAUAGCUAAUAAAAAGGACUGUGGAGGACGUUUUGUCAAGAACAUGCAUUGCGAGGCCUCUUAAAAAGUUCAAUUUAUGGUGAUGUAUCACUCCAUUGAAGAAAAAAAAAAGUUAAACAGAAGUAAAUGAAAUACAACAAAAGUUUGGGAAAAGAA